AAUUGAAGGUCUUGCGGUAUUUUCGAGGUUGUUUUUUUGGCUGGUUUUGUCUGCAUUAUUGUGUCAUAGAUAUUCAGGAUGACGAUAAUGUUUCCCAUGGUUCUAACCACUUUUAGUCGGAUACUAUUGAAACCACAGCCGUAACAUUCUUAGAAAUACUUUUUUUUCACGGUUUUACUUGUUUUCUCCGUCGCCCAACGUGUAUACAAAAACUGUAGUUCAUGUUCAAAUGAUUGUUAAGUUUAUGUGGUGUCUGGCGCCGAUUUACUAAUAGAGUAUAUAUAUUAUAUCAACAUACCUUACUAAUCGGGGUUUAAUCUGUUGAGAUACACUUAACGUUAACUUCCUGACCAGUAGAAAAUUCUACUGGAGCUGCAGUCAAUACUGAUUGCAGCUCCAGGCAGUCAUUUCAUGAUAUUUGUGUGUCAAGUAAUAAUGCAUGCUUCACGCUCCAUAACUUCUUUCAUGCUUUAAUCAACAGUGUAGGGGGGCUGGAUUCCAUUCACGUGAAUUGACUGGUUUCAUGUCGCCUACCUCCGCAUGUACUGCUUCUGUAUUAAGACAUGCCGAUCAGCCUGGACUGUCCUAUGUGUUAACGUCUACGGAUUUUGCAAAUUAAAUUUGUAUGACGUAAUCUAUGGUUCUCCAGUCAGUUCUUUGUACCAGUUACUCAUAACAGUCAAACGCAAGGCAAACCAAUGAAGCAAUUGACUAAUUACAUCAUAAAGAAGUAAUAUUUAGUCCUUUUGGCAUUAGGUAAAAUGUUAGUCAUACCGCUGUGAAAUGAUGUGACAGUAAAUGAUGCAGUCACUUACAUUGACAGUACAAAUUGGGAUGAUCAGUCACAGGUAUCGGAUUUUCCUGGAACAUAAUUUUAUCUCCAAGCUGUAAAACUAGGUCGGUUUGAAGUCAACGAGUAAAUUUUUACGAAUGGAACCAUCUCAAAUAGUACUAGUUCGGUCGACUGACAUUUUGCAUAACCAAAUGAUGAACGAAAUUGGAAAAGUUGGUUCAUAACAGGUCACGGAGCAAUGACUUUCAGAGGGAUAAAAAUUGUUUUUAUUAGGGUGAACGACUCUGGACAAAACAUGUCAUUUUUAUCCGAUUUAAGUGUUUAUGUGAAGUUUUUCGAUCGUUGAUAUACUUCAGCUAGGUUUCACUUGCAGCAGUCAGCAUUAUAUCUAAGACAAUCUAGUCAGUCCAAUCGUUUUUUAACCUGUUGGCGCUAAAAAAAUGCAGCAACAAGGGAAGUUCGCCCUCCUGUGAACCAACAUGGCAGUGAAAAUUUUGUUUGGAACCGUAAGUGCUAUCCGUCUGUCCCUCUAAAACUACUGGUUGGCAUUUUCCGACUUACCAUUUCAUGGGCUGUUUACUCGUUGCAGUUAUAUAUCAAGUACUUGUGAAAAUAAGACAGCUGACAGCUUUUGCAAGUUUGAUAUUGGUAUAACUUCAUGACAACUGUUUUCACCCAACUCGAUUUUUGAUGCGAUAAAGUCUUCAAUGCGAGAGCGAACCUAUUGUCCACUUUCGAUUUUGGGGUCAUUUUCACAGUCUAUCUGUAAGAACGGCAAUCUAAAGAAUAAAGUUGGUAUGGCGAUAAGAUAUUUCAAAGCCACAGUACCCCGUGUCAGCUUGAGACAAUCUAAUAUUUGUGAGCUGCUUAGUACAACAAAGAUCACAAUUCGGAAUUGAGGCGAAAUACACUUAGCAACCUUGUACAGAUUCGUGCGGUAGGCAAUGAGUCACACCUAUUGUGCUAGGGCUAAUAACACUCCCUGGCUGCCCAAGCCUCGGUAGGCGGAGCAGGACUUGAACCCGUGGCCUAUCGGUCAAAAGUCAUCAGCCUAAACCAAUGAGCUACAUCUUCACUCAAAACAAUUACUUGCUAUGGGUUUUAUGUAAAUGAAGCAUGAUAAUAAUGAUAAUGAGAAGGACCAAAUUUCUGCUACAGUUAUCUGUGAAAUCGAUUUUCAUGUUAUCAGUUAUUUAAUGGUGUUUGAAAGUCUAAUCCAAAAAAUGGUUGUCUUUAAAAGCUAUUUUACAGACUGAAAUGUGUUAUCCGAAAACUGGACCAACUUCAGGAGCUGCAUACCUCCGGAAAAUAAUGACCAGCACAUUUUUGGGAAGGUCCUGUACACUUGCGAUAGAAUCAAGGUUAUCAGUACCUGCGAUUCUGGUUGCAUACUAAACACUUGUCUUUGCAUCACUGUAAAAAAUACCCUUUCAUGGGAAAAAAAGUAAAUCAACUGUCCGCAUCAAAUGGCAUAUAGCAAGCAAUAAUGAAAGAAGACUAUGGAUAAGUAAAAUUCUACCUAUCCCCAUCCCUAGUCAAACCGCAGAAUUUGAGAGUUUUUAGUCGUAUUCCUAAUAUCUCUACUGUUUGGUAAAAACUGAAAGGUUUUCCAUACGUUUAUCAUGCAUCAAACGGCUAAAACCGUUUACUCGUUGUUUCUAUUCUGAUUCAAAUUAGCAAGUACCUUGUCUUUUUCAGCGGGGAAACUCCGUAUUAUGCACACGUCGUCUGAGCAAAAUGUAUACAUUGGAGAACAAGUUAAUUCAUUCACAGAUCAGGUUGUGACCGGAAGAUUUAGUCAUCAUGUAGGACAAACUUUAGACCAUAGGAAUCUAACAUCUCGUUCACUAACUCUAAACAGAAUGCUCAAUCAUGGACUUCCUUUUUCAGAAACAUGGUGCCCUCCUGAUUUCAGACAACCUGACUAUGUUCUUCUACAGCCUACUUCUAAGAAAAGACGAACAUCUUCCGGAUCAGUAGAAUUCCCUCGCCGAUACUGCACGCAAUCUAGGAAUGGUCAUUUUUCCGGUGGAUUGUCGAUGCAGUCUUCUACUAAUCUUUCUAAUAUGUGUGAAGUGGCUAACCAUCAUUUUGUUAGGUCUCUGGAUUCGCGCAACUCUGAAAACGUACGCCAAACUAAUAUGUUGACGAACCAGCAUUCAUUGCAACAGCAUUGGCCACAGGUACUACCAACACCACAACGUCCCAACCAUUUUCAGAACGAACUCCAGCAAGUUACCAGUUUGGUUUCGGUUGCGGCUGUUGCAGCAGCAGCUGCAGCUGCGGCGACACAGAAUAGUACGCACUAUCAACAGUCUUUCAUAUCGCCAACUACAACUGUCAGCUUUUCGGAAGUACCAUGUUCCAGCGGUCGAAACUACGUUGCGAUCGCAUCACGAGGUAGAGGGGUUACCCCAUCUAGAUCGGGUUUCAUCAAGCGUCCAAAUUACAGAUUUUCUUUCUCAAGUGGUAUGGGAAGUACUAAAAGAAGAUCUGUAUUUACUGAGUCCAGUGAAACCAGCAGCCAUUCUGCAAUUGGCAGCAGACAUCCAUGUCAAGAAUUCACUUUCAACAACAAAAACAGAUCUUUACCAUCACCAUCCUCCUUCUCAUCAAGGUUAUCUUCUGUACUGCUUUGUAAUCCUCAACUGAAUUCUUGUCCAACGAGUAUCAUUGACUCAAUUUCUUUGCGUAAUCCCCACGGUUUGCAUACUGAAGGCAGCAUAAUGUCUAACAGUCUGUAUUCGGAAAAUGCAACUAACCGUAUUCCUGUCGAAUACACUGCCACUGGAGAAUAUCGGGAAUCAGUUGUACCGACUGCAGUUGAUACUGACCUGUUACAUCGUAAUGUAGUGGAACAACUUGACAUUUUUGCAGCACAUACAUCUCAUCCUGAACUAUCAUCUCAGAGCACUGAGCACAAUGAUUUAUUAUCGUUCGCCUGUACUACUGGCUGCAAUGCUGCAGCUAUUGAGUCAAACAGCAAUAGCAGCGGUAAUUUAGUAGAAUCGGUUGAAUCUCAGAGUCAGCCACUGACAUAUGUGUUGCAAUCCGAGAUUACAACGUCACAAGAUGAUCAGUCCAGUUCAACUAUGACAAAUAAAAAGCCAAUAAGUGCAUGUCGUAACAGUCUGAAUCGCAAUCAAUCUGGAAAUUUUGGACCUAAUUGCAGUGUAGAAGAAAAUGUACAGCUAUCACAGUCUUGUUUUCCUCACUCUGAACUGAAUGGGUCAGCUGCGAAUUUUGUAGUUGCCUCUCCCACUUCUCAAACAGAAGAGGCAACGGUUGUUGCAGCAGCAGUUGUUGCUUCCGCUGCUGCUCACGCUGUUGCUGCUGCUGCUCAGGCUGUUUCUGCCGCUGUUCAUCAUAGGCGAACAUCAGAUCGGUCUGGUUUUCAGAGAUUCUCAUCGCAGUCGAAUGAAUCAGUUCUUAUGCAUGCUAUGCCGAACCAGCCAGCUAUUGAUCCGCUAGUGACGUAUGUAUCGCAAUCGCUUGAUUGUAGUAACUGUCUUGCAAAUCACUUCAUUUCUCCUGAUAUAUGCAGUCAUGGGGAUCACAGCGCGCUAAGAAACGAACGUGGAUUAAGUUACAGACAGUCUCAACUCAUGGCAGAUCUGUCUACAGAAAAUGUGUUUAGUUCUUUCUGUAUCCACCCAACUUCAGUUUGUAAUUUGUCUUCGUCCCAAACUAUGUUUAAUCCCUCGACUUUGAGCUCAUCCACAUCUACCAUUAGACCGGGAAACUUCACCUGUAAUUCAGAAAUCAAUUUGCACAUUCCAAAUAUAUGCACAGGUUUGGGACAGUUUACAUCAUCUUCUAUGUUACAUCCAAUCAUACCAGCUUUUACCACUUCUGGAGGAUUGACACUUAUUCCAAAUACAACUGAAUUUGUUGACACUUACCCGUUAACAACAAUUGCACAAGUUACGAGUACCACUGAUAACGCGAUUGGAUUUACAAUGCCUACAUCAGGAUUCGCUGGACCUCAGAUAACAGAAUCACAUUUUAUUACUACUCCCUUAACAUUCUCAAACCAUGUAGAAUCAACCCUGUUGGGUAACACUUUUACAGUUCCUGCUAGUGCAGCUCAUUACCAGGCACCGAUUUACCCAAAUCUAACUACAAUACCUACAGAAGUUGCUGCAGCUGUUGCAGUAGCUGCAAAUAACUCAUCUGUCAGUCAGUUUGCUGAUCCCAGUGGAGUCAAUUUCUUGUCGAAUAUUGUAAACUUAUCAUCAACAACAUGUGGUGCUCGCAGCACACCAUUUUCUCCGUAUCUACCGCCUCCAUUUUCUUCUGUUACCCCUAUACCCGUAUUGCCGUUGAGACCACCUCAGUUAUCAAUCAUUGGUCCACCUACACUGGCUACAACUCGCGGUGUCAACACAUUACUUCAGUUUCUUAGACUCAUUCACCAAAGACCCGAUUCGUACGCAUUGCCGUAUUAUCCUUCUGCUAUGACUGCUACUGCUGGAGGAUCUAACCAGAGUGUUGUGGUGAGCGCUUCGGCGGGUGUGGCCUCUGGAACUCGAGUUGCAUCAGCAGUUACACCACCUCUAGUACCACAUCAUCCCAUUGCACCAGUUCAAUCAUCCUUUUUGUCUGGUUACACAGAGGGUUGUACAGCUGCUCAAGCCAAUCUGCUAUUCAGUAAUCACCAAGCACCAAUCCCACCUUCAGUUAGUGUUCAGCCAAUUACUUCGGCAGCUGCUGCACUAGCAGUCGCCAUGGCUGCAGCUGUCGCUCUUCAGCAACAGAAUCAUAGACACGGAUCAUCAAAUUCCAUAUCCAUGCUUACUCCGUCUAGAGCUGCACCUACUCCUUCGAUACCAGUUCCAAUUCUUCAUGCCCACCUUUAUUACCCUAGGAAUGUGGCAACAAUGCAACAGUUACAAAAUAAUGCUCACCAACAAUGCUACCACAGUCACUAUGGUGGUGUACAACAUCAGAAUACUGCAUCUCAGCGACCUGCUUCUAUGCCGAACGCAUCUAUAAAUGGCUUCGUACCAUCUAAUUCAGUUGGUCCAGUGUUUACAGCUGCUAGUGGUACAACUUCUCCAGCCUAUCUAACCAGGCUUUUUCCAUUUUUGUUGGCUGUGCCUGCACCAUCUACCUCAAACAAUACAUCAGCUGCAAACUUUGCGGUUAGUAACUUAUCAGAAACCCUACUUGCCCACUACACUGAUCAGUCGGUUGGGUUCUCGAACGGAAAUUCAAUUUUAUCUCAGACAGUAUCUGAUCCUACUUCGGCUGCAACUGCUGCAGCCGCAGCCGCAGCCGUUGCAGCUGCUGCUGCUGCAGCUAGUGUUGAUACGUUAUUACAUUUGGCAGUUCAGUUAGAAUCGAAUAGUGGUCGUGGCCUUAACAAGGAGGAAUUAGACAGUUUAGCUGUCUAUCCAUAUGUGUCAAAAAGUCUAGACAAACGUAUUGAUAAACAAAAAAGCUUUUGUGAUGAAACAGUAGCUAGUGAGAAAAAUGACCCAUCUGAAUGUGACAGAUGCAUGAUAUGCCUGGAAGAUUAUGAAGAAAGUCAGCAAAUUCGUCAAAUGCGUUGUUCUCAUGAAUUUCAUGCAAAUUGUGUGGAUAAGUGGUUAAAGACAAAACGUACAUGCCCUCUUUGUCGUGCAGAUGCAUUCACCGGAAGUCAACGAAAAGAUGACUGUCUGUAGCAGAAGAAAAAGCUGAUCUCUUGAUCAUAGUUUAUGCAAGCCUAAAUACAUCAAGUGAUAAGAAGACCAAGUAAAUAAUUGAUUUGCAAUGAAUUCAUCUUUUCCUUUUCCAGUCAUAUUUACCCGGUCGUUUAUCUUUUUUACUCAGUUGUAAUCUUGAUUUGGUUAUUCUGACGAAUAUGGUGGUUUUGUUUACCCUCCUCCUACUUUGUAUGUUCACGUCUCACUUUUAACUAAUUCCCUGACCUGCUUUAUUUUGCGCAUUUAAUUUUGUAUUACAUAUACAUUUUUAUGGCGGAGGACACAGUUUACUUGUGAAAUUACGUUAUCUGUCUAUUUGUUUGUCCUAUGAUUUUUUAAAAGCUGUCCUUUAAAGUUACAUAAUCACUUCUUACUUUAUCUCUUUCCAGCGUUUUUUUAGUUUCAACAGACAUUUUUUUCCCUCAAAAAGAAAUUCUGUCCUAUGCAAAAUAGCUAUUCCGCUUUACAGACAACUCAUCAGAGAGGAAAGCAUUUGAUUUUACUUUCCUUUCUUAGCUAAUGCACUCUUUAUAAAAAGUAUAUUACGGAUUGCAAGUUACAGAUAGUUAAUGAAGAAUAUCUGUUUUGUUAGCUUUUCUUGGUGUGCAAACAUUUCACACAUAAAUAUGCAUUUAUGUAUUGUUGCUGUUAUUCCUGAGGGUCAACUUUCGCUCACAAACACAUAGAUACUAAUAUGGUAACUAAAAUUUCUACAGCCACAUAUUCAUUUGAUUAUCUGCUAAAUAAAAUAAAUAUGUGUACCCCUUCAUUUCUGGUAUAUCUGUUCACCAUGUUUAUUAUACAUGUAUACACUUGUACUACAUAACGACUUUUCUUUAAAAAACGUUCGUAAUAAUUUAUUACUGAAGUAAUAUUUUGGUUAGUGAACAUCCUUCAGU